AUGUCCAACUCAAAACUACAAUGGUUAAUUGACUUGAAUGUCAACGAAACCCCAGAGAGAAACUUCAGAAAGUCCUCCAUCAUUGGUACCAUUGGUCCAAAGACCAACAGCGUGGAAAAGCUUGUUGCUCUAAGAAAGGCCGGCUUGAACAUUGCCAGGAUGAACUUCUCUCACGGUUCUUACGAAUAUCACCAGUCCGUCAUUGACAACUGUAGAAAAUCAGAAGAAGUGUAUCCAGGCAGACCAUUGGCCAUUGCCCUCGAUACCAAGGGCCCGGAAAUCAGAACCGGUACCACCACCAAUGGCGGCGACUACCCUAUUCCUCCAAACCACGAGAUGAUCUUCACCACCGAUGACAAGUAUAAGGAAGCUUGCGAUGACAAAAUCAUGUACCUCGACUACAAGAACAUUGUCAGCGUCAUCCAACCAGGUAAAAUCAUCUUUGUCGAUGAUGGUGUCUUGUCCUUCCGUGUUGUGGAAAUCAUUGACAACAAGACCUUGAAGGUUGUCUCAAUUAAUGCAGGUAAGAUCUCUUCCCAUAAAGGUGUUAACUUACCAAACACUGACGUUGACUUGCCAGCUUUGUCUGAGAAGGACAAGGACGAUUUGAGAUUUGGUGUCAAGAACAAGGUCCAUAUGAUUUUCGCCUCCUUCAUUAGAACUGCAAAUGACGUUAGAGAAAUUAGGAAAGUCUUGGGCGAAGAAGGUAAGGAUAUUAAGAUCAUCGUCAAGAUUGAAAAUCAACAAGGUGUUAACAACUUUGAUGAAAUUUUGGCUGAAACAGAUGGUGUCAUGGUUGCUCGUGGUGACUUGGGUAUUGAAAUUCCUGCUCCACAGGUCUUUAUUGUUCAAAAACAACUGAUUGCUAAAUGUAACCGUGCAGGUAAACCAGUCAUUUGUGCAACCCAAAUGUUGGAAUCCAUGACCUACAACCCAAGACCUACCCGUGCAGAAGUUUCCGAUGUUGGUAACGCCAUUGUCGAUGGUGCAGACUGUGUCAUGCUUUCCGGUGAAACCGCUAAGGGUGACUACCCAAUUGAAGCUGUCUCCAUGAUGCACAACACCGCAUUGAUUGCUGAAAUGUCUCUUCCUUACUACACCCAAUUCUCCGAACUUAGAGAAGCAACCAAGAAACCUUGCUCUGUUCAAGAAACUAUUGCAAUGUCUGCAGUUACUGCAACUUUUGAACAAGAUGCAAAGGCCAUCAUUGUUCUCUCCACCAGUGGUACCACUGCAAGACUAUGUUCCAAGUACAGACCAAACUGUCCAAUCUUAAUGGUCACCAGAAAUGACAGAACUACCAGAUUCUGUCACCUUUACAGAGGCGUUUAUCCUUUCCACUAUACCGGUAAACAUGAAGAAAACUGGGCUAUCGACGUUGAAAACAGAGUCAGCUACGCUAUCGAGGAAGCAAUCAAAUUGAACAUCUUCAACAAGGGUGAUACCGUUGUUGUUGUUCAAGGUGCACAAGCUGGUGUCGGUCACUCCAACACCUUAAGAUUAGUCAAGUCCUAA